GUGUGAAAGCUGUGAGUGAAAAGGUUUGUGCCGCCAGAUCUGCUGUGUACUUACCUUUUUUGAAAGAGUGUGAAAGUUGAGUGUAAAGGCUUGCGCAGCCAGAGCUGCAAGACUGUGAACUGAAAUCCCUCAGACCCAUCAUCUACUCAUAGUCUGAACUUAUCCCAUCCAUCUUAUGUUCAUAGUUCAAAUCUCAUCCACCCCAUCUUCCUCAUCUUCUUAGUACAGAGAAAAAGAGUAGAACAAGUUCGUAUUCUAGAUUCUACUCAUAGUUCAAAUCUCAUCCCACCUGAUCUUCUUAGUACAAUAAAAAAGAGCAGAGGAAGACCUAGAGGUGUGAAGAACACCAAGGGUAAACAGGAUUUUGCUCUUUCCAAAGGAGAAGGAGAAGUUAUGGCUAAAAACAAACAAAAGAAACGAAGUUUGGCAGAGAGCGGUGAGCAGGCUCCAGCUCCACGCAAAAUGCCAAAACGUGCCGCAGCGUGUAAAGAUUUGAAAGAGAAAUCCUUUUCAAUAUCGGAUAAGUCUUGUCUCAUUGAAACAAAGAAGGAUCAGACUGUAGAUGAAGAAAUUGUAGCUGUCAGUAUGACUGCUGGACAAGAUGAUGGUCGCCCAAAUAGACGAAUUACAGAGUUUAUCCUUCAUGAUCAAGAGGGUAAAGCACAACAUCUUGAGAUGCUUGAAUUUAUCGAUUUAUAUAUUACUGGAGUUGUAUUGCCGCUUGAAGCAAGCACAGGCAAGAAAAGAGAGAAAGGGGUUAAGUGUGAAGGAUUCGGUCGUAUUGAAUCUUGGGACAUAUCUGGAUAUGAAGAUGGUUCUCCAGUGAUAUGGAUUUCCACUGAUGUUGCUGAUUAUGAUUGUCAGAAACCUGCUGCUAGUUACAAAAAGUUUUAUGAUUUUUUCUUUGAAAAGGCUCGUGCAUGUGUUGAGGUAUAUAAAAAACUUACAAAGUCCUCGGGGGGUGACCCUAGUAUAAGUCUUGAUGAGCUACUCGCUGGCAUGGCACGGUCUAUGAGUGGUAGCAAAUGCUUUUCUGGAACUGCAUCUAUAAAGGAUUAUGUUAUUUAUCAGGGUGAUUUCAUUUAUGAGCAACUCAUUGGUUUGGACAUGACAUCCAAGACAAAUGACAUGAUGUUUGCAGAUAUCGCUGCUCUUAUUGCUCUUAGAGAUGAGGCUAAGAAGCAGGAUGCAUAUAUGCAUUUAAUGCCCUCAAAUGGGAGUUUAAGGAUUGGCUCAGGAAGUGGAGAUGAAGAAAACAAGAAUCAGAUGGAUUCUGAUUCACCAAAUGUUAAAAAAAAAGAUUCAAAGUUAGCACGGUUGCUCCAAGAAGAAGAGUAUUGGAAAUCUCUGAAGCAGCCGAAAAAUCACAAAUCAAGCAAAUACUAUAUCAAAAUUAAUGAAGAUGAAAUUGCCAAUGAUUAUCCUCUCCCUGCUUUUUACAGAACCUCUCUUCAAGAAACAGACGAGUUUAUAAUUUGUGGUGAUGACUAUGACCAGUAUAAUGUUGAUGAUCUUCCUCGAAACAUACUUCAUAAUUGGUCUUUAUACAAUUCAGACGCAAGAUUGGUUUCCUUGGAACUUCUUCCUAUGAAACCUUGUUCGGACAUGGAUGUUGCAAUCUUUGGUUCAGGUGUAAUGAAAUUAGAUGAUGGAAGUGGGUUCCAUCUUGAAACUGAGGUUGGCCAAUCUUCUUCCACUAGUUCAGAACCACAGACUUUUGAUGGAAUACCAAUUUAUCUGAGUGCCAUAAAGGAAUGGAUGAUAGAAUUUGGAUCAUUGAUGAUUUUCAUAUCCAUCCGAACAGAUAUGGGCUGGUACAGACUUGGUAAACCAGCAAAGCAGUAUGCUCCUUGGUAUGAGACAGUGUUGAAAACUGCAAGGCUUGCUAUAGCCAUUAUUACUUUACUGAAGGAACAGAGCCGAGUAUCACGACUUUCCUUUGGAGAUGUCAUAAAAAAAGUAUCUGAGUUUAGUCAGAAUGAUGGUUCUUACAUUUCUUCUGAUCCAUUGGCUGUUGAGAGAUAUGUUGUUGUCCACGGACAGAUUAUUCUGCAACUUUUUGCAGUAUUUCCUGAUUCUGAGAUCAGAAAGUGUCCAUUUGUGACUGGUCUUGCAAACAAAAUGGAAGAGCGACACCAUACCAAAUGGUUAGUGAAGAAGAAGAAAAAUCAGCCAAGGAUCGAAGCAAACUUAAAUCCUAGAGCAGCUGUAGGUCUUGUUGUUUCCAAGAGGAAAGCUAUGCAAGCGACAACAACAAAGCUAAUCAAUAGAAUAUGGGGAGAGUAUUACUCAAACCACUUGGCAGAAAAUCAAAAAGAGGGGGCUGUCAGUGAGUUAAAGGAAGAGGAUGAAUUGGAAGACCAUGAGGAAAAUGAAGAUGAGGACAACGAAGAGGAGCCAAUACUUUUGGAUGGAACCUCGAAGAGGCAUUCAGAUUCAAAGCAAACCAAAACAUUUUCGGGUAAUGCUGAAAUAACAUGGGAAGGAAAACCUGAAGGGAAGACUAGUUCUGGAUAUCCUGUUUAUAAGCAGGCAAUAAUUAAUGGGGAAGUUAUUUCUGUAGGAAAAUUCGUGUUAGUGGAAGUUGAUGGAGCAGAUGAAUUUCCAGACAUGUAUUGUGUUGAGUAUAUGUUUGAGUCGAAGAAUGGAAGAAAAAUGUUCCAUGGUAGGAUGAUGCAGCAUGGUUGUCAUACUGUUAUUGGCAAUGCUGCUAAUGAGAGAGAGGUGUUUUUGACUAAUGAGUGUAGGGAUCUGGGACUGCAGGAUGUUAAGCAAACAGUUGUUGUAAAUAUUCGAAAAAGGCCUUGGGGGCAUCAGCAUCGAAAGGAUAAUGCCAUUGCUGAUAGGGCUGACAGGGCUAGAGCAGAAGAAAGGAAGAAGAAAGGACUACCUACUGAAUAUUAUUGUAAAAGCCUGUACUGGCCUGAAAGAGGCGCUUUCUUUAGCCUUCCAUUUGAUACUUUGGGUCAAGGCUCUGGUAUUUGCUCCUCUUGCAAAAUACACGACGAUGAAAAGGCGAAGAAUAUUUUCAAUGUAAAUUCCUCCAAGUCUGGUUUCCUAUUUAAAGGAAUCGAGUAUUCCCUUAAUGAUUUUGUUUAUGUAAGUCCCUUUGAAUUUGAGGAAAAGAUCGAGCAAGGAACUCAUAAGAGCGGCAGGAAUGUGGGACUGAAAGCUUAUGUUGUGUGUCAAGUGCUAGAGAUUGUGCUUAAAAUGGAAAUAAAACAUCCAGAAAUAAAAUCUACACAAGUCAAAAUCAGGAGGUUCUAUCGACCAGAAGAUGUAUCAAAUGAGAAGGCAUACUGCUCUGAUAUACAGGAGGUGUAUUAUAGUGAUGAAACGCAUAUAAUCUCAGUAGAUUCAAUAGAAGGGAAAUGUGAAGUCCGAAAGAAGAGUGAUAUUCCUGAACAAAGUGCCCCCGGAAUGUUCCAAAAUGUAUUUUUCUGCGAGCUCUUGUAUGAUCCUGCCACUGGGUCACUGAAAAAGUUGCCAGCUCACAUAAAAGUAAAAUAUUCAACUGGACGAACAUCAGAUGCUGCUACUAGAAAGAGAAAAGGAAAAUGUAAAGAGGGAGAUGACGAUUCAGAGUCUUCUAAGGAGGGAAAAACAUUAAAUGAAAAACGUUUAGCCACCUUGGACAUUUUUGCUGGUUGUGGUGGUUUAUCAGAGGGGUUGGAGCAGUCAGGUGUUUCAUCAACUAAAUGGGCUAUCGAGUAUGAAGAGCCUGCUGGUGAUGCAUUUAAAGCUAAUCAUCCUGAUGCUUUAGUCUUUAUUAACAAUUGCAAUGUUAUUCUUAGGGCUGUAAUGGAGAAGUGUGGGGACAUAGAUGAUUGUAUCUCAACGACUGAGGCUGCAGAGUUGGCUGCAAAGCUUGAUGAGAGUGAGAGAAGUAGUUUACCAAUGCCUGGAGAAGUUGAUUUCAUAAAUGGGGGUCCUCCAUGCCAGGGUUUCUCUGGGAUGAAUAGGUUUAACCAGAGCAGUUGGAGUAAAGUCCAGUGUGAGAUGAUAUUGGCAUUCUUAUCCUUUGCUGAUUAUUUCCGGCCAAGAUAUUUCUUAUUGGAGAAUGUGAGGAACUUUGUGUCUUUCAAUAAAGGGCAGACAUUCCGUUUAGCCUUGGCUUCACUUCUUGAGAUGGGUUAUCAGGUGAGGUUUGGUAUCCUUGAGGCUGGAGCAUUUGGGGUUUCCCAAUCAAGAAAAAGGGCAUUCAUAUGGGCAGCCUGUCCUGAUGAUGUGCUUCCAGAGUGGCCAGAACCAAUGCAUGUAUUUUCGGCCCCUGAGUUGAAGAUCACAUUAUCUGAAAAUGUUCAUUAUGCUGCUGUCCGUAGUACUGCAAAUGGUGCUCCGUUACGUGCAAUAACUGUUAAAGAUACCAUUGGUGAUCUCCCAGCAGUGGGCAAUGGAGCCUCAAAAGGAAACAUGGAGUAUCAAAAUGACCCUGUAUCAUGGUUUCAAAAGAAAAUUCGUGGUGAGAUGAUUGUCUUGACUGAUCAUAUUUCCAAGGAGAUGAACGAAUUGAACUUGAUUCGAUGCCAGAAAAUUCCCAAGAGGCCAGGUUGUGAUUGGCGUGAUCUUCCGCAGGAAAAGGUAACAUUGUCUAAUGGACAAGUUGUUGAUUUGAUACCAUGGUGCUUGCCCAACACGGCUAAGCGUCACAAUCAAUGGAAGGGACUAUUUGGUAGAUUGGAUUGGCAAGGGAAUUUCCCAACUUCCAUUACAGACCCUCAACCAAUGGGGAAGGUUGGAAUGUGCUUCCACCCUGACCAAGAUAGGAUUCUUACUGUUCGUGAGUGUGCUCGAUCUCAAGGUUUUCCAGAUAGCUAUAAAUUUUCUGGCAAUAUCAUUCACAAGCACAGACAGAUUGGUAAUGCUGUGCCUCCUCCUCUGGCAUUUGCAUUAGGGAGGAAGCUGAAGGAAGCAGUGAACAGUAAGAACUCCAAAUAGAAGAUGGUUCUUAUGUUCUUUCAAGAUAUUUGCAUUGAUCAUUUGUUUGUCUUCCACUGGGGAACUGAAUGGAUAAUGCUGCGAAGAGAUCAUUUUGUUUCAACUUGGAUUUUCUUGAUUAGUUUAUGUUUCUGGGAAUUACACGGCGGUGUAUGUGUGACAAUUGCGACAAUUCUUGUGAUUUUUAUUUUUGAACUUGCUAGAAAUAAUCGACUUUGCUUUGAGCAGAUUUGAACUACUAAAUAAAUAACUUUUCACGAAAA